UCUCCAUGGAAACGGAGAGCGUCAACAGCAGCGUGCAGUGUUUUCACUCGUGACGCGUUUCUACGUCUUUUUAUUAUUAUCUCUGGUAAUAAGUCAGUUUUGUGAAUGGAGGGUUUUGUUACCUCCGCUCAGAGUCUACAGGCUCUGUCUGCUCUGUUAUCCACUCAGCAGGAGGAAGAGGAGGAGGAGGAGGAGGAGAGCAAAAAGGUGACAGCCCUCGCACGGCUGGGCCCUGGACACAUCGGUCACCCGUCCAAGAAAGAUACAGAAGUGACCACUGCGUCUGUGAAGAGGAACAGUAAAGAUAUCUGGAGCGAGGAGGAGGUCGCUGACGGCUCCCAGUUCGAUGAUCUGACUGACCUGCGGCCACAGCCAGAGUAUGAAAUAAUCCUGAAGCAGAGCGUGGGGACAGAGGAUCUCUUCUUGGGCUUGAGUAGAAAGGAUCCAUCGUCCAUGUGCUGUGAAGCCAUGCUGGUGAAAAUCAAACUGCCAGACACUAAAGCAGCAGAUGUGGUCCUGGAUGUAAAAGAGAAGUUCCUUGAUCUGCGGACACCAAAGCACAAACUGGGCCUCCAUCUCCCAGAUGCUGUCCACAGCCAAGAGGGCAGAGCUCAGUUCUUCAGCGAGCGAGAGGAGCUGGAGGUGACGCUGUUUCUGAAAAGGCCCAUGGAUUUUAUCAACAUGCAGUAAGACAGAAUGAGAAUGUCUCCAUGGGUAUUCAGAGGACACAGAAGUGAUGGGGACAAAUAUA